AUGAUGGUUAAAUGGGAAAUUAUCCGGAAAUUCAUCCUGAUUUUUGGACUUACUCUUAUAGGUUCCAGGGCUCAGGCUGAGGAGUGGCCCCCCCGUAUCGUGCACCACCCCUCCGAUGUGGUGGUGAGGGUGGGGAGCCCGGCCACGCUGUCCUGCCGGGCGGACGGCGCCCCGAAACCGAGCAUCGGCUGGCUGCGCAACGGCCAGCCCCUGGAGACGGCCCAAGGGGACGGGCAGCUCACGCCCAUGGUGCUGUCCGAGGGGAGCCUGUUCUUCCUGAGCGUGGGGGGGGGGCGGCGGGGCCAGUCGCACGAAGGCGUUUACGCCUGCGUCGCCCGGAACGGCGUCGGCGUGGCAACCAGUCGCAACGCAUCGCUGUUUAUCGCAGGUCUGCAGGAUGAGUUCAGUGUGCAGCCCGCUGACGUGGAGGUGGCGGAGGGCCAGGCCGCCGUGCUGAACUGCGGCCCCCCGGCGGGGCACCCGGAGCCCAACGUGUCCUGGAAGAAGGACGGCGUCCCCAUCAACAGCUCGGACCACCACUACACCGUCGUGGACUCCCUGUUCAUCGCCCGCUUCGUGCUGCUGGCGGCCGCCGCCGCCGUUUUCCUGCUGGCGCUCUUCAUGCUGCUGCCGUUCCACUUCCUGGAGCCCGUGCACGCCAAGGCCCUGAGGGCGCCCUGA